AUGGAAAACGAGAAUGAACAGGCAACUACAUGUCCAUCAUCUAGCUCAAAUCCUCUAUCGGAGGCCAUACCAUCAACCACGCAAAACAUUCCACCUUACAUGGCUGGUUACUUUGGACCAGUGCCUACGUGGUCACCAACUUUUCUAUCAUAUCCGGCUGGUAACCAAUAUCCAAUCAACAUACAGAAUUCUGGUUACGGAUUUCAAGGAAUCAUGGAACCUCCGACUCCUAUCAGCAAUACAAGCUCUGCCACGAGCAAGAUAGUUGGUUCAGAACUCGAUAAUAGAGCUGAUGGUUGGGAAUCUGAAGCGCCUUGUGGAUCUCCUAUAGUUGAACAGCGUACUGAGGAACGACCAAAUCAUACAGAACCUAAUAUUGGCAGUCCCUUGAAAUCUCAAAAUGUCAAAGUGGUUGAUGAUGAUAUGAUUGAGGAGCCAAAGUCGGGAAUGGAGUUUAAUUCCCUUGAAGAGCUAUUAUGUUAUUAUAAGGAAUACGGUAAAAAAUGCGGGUUUGGGGUGAUGACAAAACGGACUGAUAGGGGAGAAGAUGACUCUGUUAGAUACGUCACUCUUUGUUGUGCCCGAGGUGGGAAGGCCCGGAAUAGGACGUUGAAUGUUGCCAAGCCACGUCCAACAGGAAAGACAGAAUGUAAGGCAAGGAUUAAUGCCUUAAAGCAAGAUGGAGUGCUGAGGUUGACGACAGUACAUAAUAUCCAUAACCAUGGCCUCAGUCCGAAGAAAUCCCGCUUCUUUCGAUGUAAUAGAGAAGUUAGUGAUGCCGUAAAAAGGGUCCUAGAUACCAAUGAUUUGGCUGGCAUCCGAGCGAGUAAGAGUUACGGAUCUCUCGUUGUUGGAGCGGGUGGAUUCGAGAAUCUCCCAUUUCUCGAAAAGGAUUGUCGCAAUUAUAUUGACAAGGCAAGACAUCUACGACUUGGCACAGGUGGUGCUGGAGCGCUUCGACAGUAUUUCUUACGGAUGCAAUAUAAAAAUCCUGGAUUUUUUUAUAUGAUGGACAUAGAUGAUGACGGGAGGUUAAAGAACGUCUUUUGGUCAGACCCCCGUAGUAGAGCAGUGUACCAAUAUUUCGGCGAUGUGAAAGUUCCCGAGAAACUUGGCUCAUAUGGUUCCUACAAAACUGGGAUGAAAAGUGCCUUGAUGAAAUGUGUAUAUGACACCCAACGUGUUGAUGAGUUUGAGAAGUGUUGGGAUGAGUUGAUUACCACUUACAACUUGCAUGAGAAUGCGUGGUUGCAGAGCCUUUACGUUGAGCGUGAACAUUGGGUACCGGCAUAUUUGAAGGAGUGUUUUUGGGCUGGAAUAAGUACAACGCAGCGAAGCGAGAGCAUGAAUGCAUUCUUUGACGGUUAUGUACAUGCUAGGACAAACUUAAAGGAGUUUGUAGACCAAUUUGAUAACGCGUUGAAAAUGAAGAUUGAGAAAGAAAAUCUCGCAGACUUCCAGUCAUUUAAUGUCACAAUCCCCCUCAUAUCUCGAUCUCCAAUUGAAAAGCGGUUCCAAGAGUUGUACACAAUUGCGAAGUUCAAGGAAGUUCAGCAGCAAGUCAACGGCAUCAUUGACUUGAAUCCGAAGUUACAUAAAAGUGAUGGGAAUGUAAAGACAUAUAUGGUUGAGGAUGAAGUAGCUCUUGAGGAGUUAACUAAGUUGGUUCGGCAUUUUGUGGACUUUAGUGAGGAUGAUGCAGUUGCAAAGUGCUCUUGUGGUUUAUUUAAGAUGAGGGGGAUAUUGUGUCGGCACAUCUUGGCUGUAUUCAGGUGUAACGAUAUUAGAAAUUUGCCAGAAAUAUACAUUUUAGAUCGAUGGAGGAAGGAUAUUAAAAGGCGAUACACAUUAAUCCACAGUAGCUAUGAUGAGGGGGACCAACGGCCAGAUGCUAAUAGAUAUGCAAGUCUCUUAAGUAUUUGUUAUCAAAUGAUCACUCAUGCAGCUGGUUCGAGAAAACAUACUGAGGAUGCGAGAAGUAAGUUACAUGCCAUGAUUGAGCUGUAUUGUGCAAAUGAAGAACCCCCAUCUUUCACUCAAAUUGGUUCUAAUGUGGAUCCUUCGGCAAAUGACACUACGGUCGGGUGUCUUGGGGAAGUACACAGUCCACGUGUUGUGCGAGGUAAAGGUAGACCUCCAUCUCUAAGAAGAGCAUCCAGGAUGGAGAUAGACAUGAGGAAAGUAAAAGCAAAGACAAAGAAAGCACCGGUAAAGGGAAAGCGGAAAGAGCGAGAUGGAGGAGAUACUCGGGUCGUGGAGAAAGGAGAUGCACCUGUUGCGGAAGUAUGCAGGAGUUUAUUUGGCACUUCUGAGAUUGAUCUCUCCAAUGUUGGAGACAUGCAGGCUAUUCCGGGUGUGGGUAUAGACAUUACUGGAACACAGUCCCGAGAAAUCGUGAUGCAGAGUCAAGAAAGUAUGCAAGUUGGGUUGGAUGGAUCACUCUUGGAUUUGUUUGGGUUGGGCGGAUCACAACAGUUGGAAUGA